AUGGCCCCCAGUGUGCGGUAUAAUUGCCCAUGCUUCUCCUCGUCGCCCCUUCCUCCGCCACCGCACCUCGCCUCGUCCUCCUACAACUUCCACCCCCUCCAUGCGUUAUUUUUUUGCGAAGAAUGCGACGCAGUGCGCUGUAAUAAAUGCGUCGCCGUCGAAGUCUCCUGCUACUACUGCCCCAACUGCCUCUUCGAGGUACCCAGCGCAAGUGUACGAGCGGAGAAAAACAGAUGUGCGCGCAACUGCUUCUCGUGCCCGAACUGCCGGAAUACGCUCUCGGUCGUAGCGUCAGAUCCACCGGAUACCGAUGACGGCCCUCUAUCGUCCAUACCAUCUGGAACAAUCGGAGAACCGCCCUUCUUUCUCUACUGUAACCACUGCAGAUGGGACUCAGCGGAAGUUGGUAUCACGUUCGAGAAGCCUACAGGUCUCGCAGCUCAACUACAGAAAUUUGAAGACUCGGCGCCAGACGCGCUCGAAUUCGACCGGCUCAAGGAACACUUCGAGCCACUCCUACAACGUGCAGCCUCCUCUCUCCCUCCGCCACAAUCGAUUUCUCGGCACGCAUCUCAUUCGAGCUCUGUUACAGCAGCUGCGGCGUCAGCUCUUGCCCGCGAUGUAACAGGCACGGCGUCCAAGUAUUCCGCACACCCGUUAGCGCGUAGUCGGUCGUCCAAGGAUCGGAGCCUGAACAAGGACGAGAUGCCGGAGUACAGGGCGCGCGUAGACAUAGCUUCCGCGAGCGUGCUGGGAGCGGGGGGAGGCGAGGCGGACGCGGAGUACAUUCGGCACUUGGAGAAUAUCGGACAGGUGGCGACUUUGGAACAGCGAUGGGUGACCAGCUGGACAACUCCUUUGCACGUCGCAGACCUGAGGCCGCUUCGUAUACCACUUCAAUCCAAGAAGACCAAGCGCUGCUCUACGUGUCGUCAUAUUCUCAUCAAGCCGGAGCAGAAAGCACAGUCUGUACGAUACAAGAUCAAGCUCGUCGCGGCGAACUACCUCCCCGCCAUCACCGCCUCUGUACCUGUGCUGAACCGUGUCGAACCGACUCGUCGCCCAGGUGCGGCUGCCGAUGCGGAAUCGACAACAGGCAUGCAAGCGGGGAAGACGUACCCGUUCCAGCUGGCACUGACCAACCCGCUGUACGAUCCCAUUCAGGUCAGGCUCUCGGUCCAGCGUGCCGGCCCUUCCGCGUCCGCGAACACCCCUGGCACCACAACGGACGCAGCUGCCACCCGACGCCCGCCAUUCGCCGUCUCCUUGCCAAACUCGGCAUUCCCCAUCGCAGCGUUUGCGGAAGCGUGGGAGUACGAGGAUGAUGAGGAUAUGCUUUUGGAUGACGACGAUCUGACGUUGGGGGUGGGGCAUCAUAGAGGAGGAAGAGACGGCGGCGGGUCCAAGCUGAAGAGCGUGGGCGUGCUGGAGAAGAAGGCUAACACGACUGUUGUUGGUGGAGAGGUCGUCAUUGGGCGAAGUGCAAGGGGAGAAGUCAAGUUUAAUAUGCUGGUAUCGUACACGUACCGGUCGGACGACACGGCUGGAUCGGAGGACCACGAGGCGACUCCCUCCAGGCGACAGAAACAGCAGCAGGAACCGGAGAUGAAGACGUUUUCGUUUUCGACGGUGGUAGACCUGGGUCCUAUCAUCGCCAAGGAAACGCAGGAGCUGGAGAGCUAG